CAGAAUGUUGCCCCGCUCUCGGACCCAGCUGGGGCUCUUCUUCAUCCUCCUCUGCCCCGCCAACAUCAUCGGGCUCUGGUGGGCAGUGGGGAGCCCCCUGGUCAUGGACCCCAACAGCAUCUGCCGCAAGACGAAGCGGCUGGCAGGGAAGCAGGCGGAGCUGUGCCAGCUGGAGCCGGAGAUCGUGCAAGAGGUGGCCAAGGGCACCAAGCUGGGUGUACGGGAGUGCCAGUACCAAUUCCGCUUCCGCCGCUGGAACUGCACCAGCCACAGCAAGUACUUCGGCAAGAUCCUGCAGCAGGACAUCCGGGAGACAGCCUUCGUGUAUGCCAUCACGGCGGCCGGUGUCAGCCACGCCAUCACACAGGCCUGCAGCAUGGGUGAGCUGCUGCAGUGUGGCUGUGAGCUGACACGGAGCCGGGCACCCCCAUCACCCACAGCCGGGCCGGGCACCGAGGGCACAGCCUGGGAAUGGGGUGGCUGUGGGGACGACGUGCAGUUUGGCUAUGAGAAGUCGCAGCAGUUCAUGGAUGCCAAGAGCAAGAAAGGGAAAAAUGACAUCCGUGCACUCAUUGAUCUGCACAACAACGAGGCUGGGCGCUUGGCAGUGCGCAGCUACAUGAGGACAGAGUGCAAAUGCCACGGGCUCUCGGGCUCCUGCACGCUGCGCACCUGCUGGCGCAAGAUGCCCCAUUUCCGCGAGGUGGGCGACCGCCUGCUUGAGCGCUUCAACGGCGCCUUCAAGGUGAUGGGGGGCAAUGAUGGGAAGACCCUCAUCCCGGUGGGCGACAACAUCAAGCCUCCCGACAAGCAGGACCUCAUCUACUCGGCCGACUCGCCCGAUUUCUGCUCUGCCAACCGCAAGACGGGCUCGCUGGGCACGCGGGGCCGCGUCUGCAACAGCACGGCCAUGGACACGAGCGGCUGCGACCUGCUGUGCUGCGGGCGUGGGCACCGCGAUGAGACCGUGGUGCUGGAGGAGAACUGCCUGUGCCGCUUCCACUGGUGCUGCGUGGUGCAGUGCCGCAAGUGCUCCGUCCGCCAGGAGCUCAGCCUCUGCAUCUGACGGCCUCUCCGUGGGGCGGGGACACUUGGGGGGCCACCCCCAGGAUGGUGCCGAGGGCACAGGGACACAGAAAGGUGACGCAGUGGGACCUUAUGGGCUGGGGGACUGUGAGCCCAGCUCUGCGGUUGGAUGUCCCUGCAGUGUGGGGAUGCUACCCAGCAAACCCACGGCCCUGCAAUGGGGCUGCAGUGCGGAGCUUCGUCUAAUAAAGCUAUUUAAAGCCGG